CGGCUCCCGGUGUCCCGGUGUCCCGGCCCCGGCUCCCGGCCGCGGGAUGAACAACAACAGGCCACAGUUACGGCCGUGGCUGAUCGAUCAGGUCAACAGCGGCCGCUUCCCGGGGCUGCGGUGGGUGAACGGGCGGCGGAACAUGUUCCGGAUCCCGUGGAAACACGCGUCCCGCCAGGACCUGACUCAGGACGACUAUCGCAUCUUCCGGGAUUGGGCAAUCGCCAGUGGCCGCUUCAACGGGCAAGAUGCCGACGACCCCCCCAAAUGGAAAACCAACUUCCGCUGCGCCCUGAACAGCAACGAGUCGUUCAAAAUGUUGACCGACCUCUCAAAGGAAUCCACAGACCCACACAAGGUCUACUUCAUCGUGGACCAUAACCCUGAACCUCCCCCAGAUGGAGCGAUGGGAGUGGACGAGGAGCUGGAAUCGAUUCUGCACCUCAGCCCCGAGGCCGACCCGACCCAACCCGGCUUCCCCCCGCUGCCCCUGGAUGAGGUGAUGCCGAACUUUGGAUCCAUGAGUCUGUCCGACAGCCCCUCAGAUCAGCUGGACGCCGGACACCCGCUGUUCCUCCAGCCCCAGCAAGGGGGCGCUGCAGUCAGCUGCCUCCUCUCGGAAGCCGCGGAGCAGGAAGGGGGAGCGGGUGAGUUGGGGGGUCACUGCCUGGGGGGGGGGCCGCGGAGCAGGAAGGGGGAGCGGAGCGCUGUUGGCCGCUGCCGGGAGGGGGAGCGUGCGGGGAGGGGGGCUUCAGCCAACAGGGACCUGUGUACCCCCCCGCUCCCCUCCACCCCCCGGCCGCUGACGCCCAACCUGCCCCUUUGGGCACCAGUCCUCAUCAGUGGUCAAGAGCCCAGUGACCUGGACAUCACGGUGUAUUACCGCGGCCUCCAAGUGCUACACUGCACGGUGACCAACCCCGGCGGUUGCCGCUUCUACUCGCGGCAAGAGGAGCCCGCGUUGUCUCAGCUUCAGCCCGUCCGCCUCCCGCCCACCGACGGCCUGCCCGACAUCAAGCAGCGGGACUUCACGGAGCAGCUGUUGGCCAGUGUGGAGGGCGGGUUGUUGUUGCACCACUGGGCAGGAGACGUAUUGGCCGAGCGCCUGGGCCGCUGCCAGGUGUUCUGGGCCCGUUCUGAGAGCGGCCCGGACCUGGAGCUGGAGCCGGGAGCGGGAGCGGGACCGGGCGGCGGCGCCAUCAAACUCAACCGCAACCAGCGCACUCACAUCUUAUGUCUCAAGGACUUCGUCAGAGGUGAGCAGGGUCGUACAAAGCGCGGUCACUCGCAGCGUCAGAGACCCGGAGCUGAGGGCGUUCAUGGAGCACCGCGGGGGGCGCCAAACUGUGCCGCGUUUCUGUGUUUCGGGCAGCAGUUCCUGCGCAGCAACAAGAACAAGAAGCUGAUCCUGGUCAAGGUGGUGCCCCUGGCCUGGGUUGCACUGACGGAGAUGGCCCAGCACUGCGGCGCCUCCUCACUGGACAGUGACAACGUCAGUCUACAAAUCUCCAGCACGGCCUCCCUCGACAGCCUGCUCGCUUUGUUGCGGGAGGUGGAGGACAUGGAGCUCGACCUCUGACCCCAUUGGACCAGCCUUCUUUCACCCCAUUGACCCCUGACCCCCACUCUCAGGCCCCGACCUGCGACCCCCAGGACAAUGGACCAAUCCCCCUCCGCUGGACCUUUAACCCAUGACCCCGUCCCGCUGGACAAUUGACCUGACCCUCCCCCUGCACCUCCCCAACCCAGGCACUGACCCCCCCACCAGGCCCUGACCUCUGACCUCCCCCACCCAGGCCCUGACCUGUGACCCCACCCAUCUUUAACCGGGAGCGACUGACGCUGGCCGCUGGUCUCCCCCCCCCCCGGCCGGAAACAUUCCCUCCCAGUCAGCGAUGGUCAGUGGCCGGGAGAACGGGUCACGGAGCUGCGGCCUGAAUCCCCCCUCCCCCCCCCCCCCCCCCUGUCUGCUGUCAGUAAACCAGUCGGAACACAAAUGACUCAGUCGACCCCACUGCAUCAUAAUCUUCUGGAUCAGCCCACGAGGAGGAGCUUCACCAAGUGCCUUAUUGAACUUCAUGUAGACAAAUCCGUCUGAAGAAGGGUCUCGACCCGAAACGUCGCCCAUUCUUUCUCUCCUGAGAUGUUCCAACCUCCAGAAUCCUAAGGUCUCAACUCAAUCUCUGCGAAUUAAAAUCCGAGACCCUCCCCAGUUCCAGAGUGUAAACGUUACAGGCUCACAACAGCCUUGACCCGAAACGCCACCCAUACCUUCUCUCCAGAGAUGCUGCCUGUCCCGCUGAGUUACUCCAGCAUGCUGUGUCUUCAGUGUAAACCUGCAUCUGCGGUUCCCUCCAACACAACAACAGAUGUUGGCUCAUGCACUUGGCUGGAAGCAACAAAGGCAAUCCUUGUGUUGCAGGCCAGAGGUCCAGAUUACUACUGCAAGAUGUUGGGAUCAGCGAUCAAAGAGAUAGAAUCACAGAGGAAGACAUCCUCCUCGGGGAAGCAAAUGUGCCGACUGUCCGAUGUGUCGGGGAGUGGACACACAGAGGCACAGUGUCCGGCCCGAGCGGUAUUGGACAAAGAGCCUGGACGGUUCAAACUGAACAAAUUAAACCAAAGUAUACAAAAAA